AUGCCUGAGAUGGAGCAAGAUCUAGAUCAGAACAAAGCUAUCGAGUCUCCAAAGGAGCAGACUACAACAGCGGAGAAGAGAAAUGCCUUCACCGAACUCCUCUCGUCCCGAAACAAGCAGCCGAAACACGCGCCUAGCAGCUCCUCCAAAGGCAACGUACCACACGGCCGCAAAGCAUUCUCCGGAGCCCGAGAUGGACUGGGCGCAUACAUCGCUAAGCCAGAGUCAUAUCCGUCCAGCGUCGUAGUAUACCAUAAUGAUGACUUCGUCGCGAUCCAUGAUAUGUUCCCCAAAUCGUCACUUCACCUGCUCCUCCUCCCAUGCGACCAAACCAAGACCCGUCUCCACCCAUUCGAGGCCUUCGAGGACCCCGAGUUCCUCGCCAAGGUCAAGACAGAGACACAGAAGCUGCGCAAGCUAGCUGCGGGCGAGUUGCGACGGAAAUAUGGCAAGGACUCUGCGCAAGAGCAAGCGAGACGGGCAGCGCUCAACGCCGACCCGCCUCCAGACGAACUACCACCGGGACGCGAUUGGGAGCAGGAGAUUAUGUGCGGUGUACAUGCAGUCCCGUCAAUGAACCAUCUACAUAUCCAUGUCAUUGCGGUAGACCGGUAUAGCGAGCGGCUGAAACACCGAAAGCACUACAAUAGCUUUUCUACGCCAUUUUUUGUGCCCAUUGACGAUUUCCCCUUGGCGGCGGACGAUAGGCGGCGGCAACCAACGCCGGAAGGCUAUCUAAAACAGGACUUCGUCUGCUGGCGCUGUGGUGAACAAUUUGGGAACCGGUUUGUCGAGCUAAAGAAACAUCUAGAGGAGGAAUUCGAAGAAUGGAAGACGCUCUAA